AAGGGAGAAAGCGGGCCGCGAAGCGGCGCGGCGCGGCGCGGGGCAGCCAUUUUAUGUUAGUAUGACGUAGAGGCUGGGUGUAGCUUAGCGUUCUUAUUGUCGGUCGUGCGAGAGGAAAAAACUAACGGAUCGGUGUCUGGUAAGUGCCCGGAUGUUUGACGGUUGCGAACGGUCGACCGCGAGUGAUGUGAGUUGCCAAUCGCCGCAGCGAUCGUGUUCCCGCGGAUAGCCGUGUAACCGCGGACAGCCGUGUGACGCGUGGAGGCCGUGUGGAGGGUAAGAGGCGCUGGACAGCCUCAGCGAGAGCGAGAUCAAAGAGGGGAAAGAGUGUGCGGGAAAACGUACGGGCGAAACGAAAGAAACGAACGAGUGACGAGACGAGACGACGACGGCUAGCUCCCAAGUCCAGCUAGUGAGCGUGCGAAAAGUGAAAGUGCCGUUCGCCGCGGCGGUAGCUGCGUCCGUAGCAGCGCGUGCGAACAUGAGCGAGGAAAGUAAUCCACGUACGCUGUACGUGGGCAACCUGGACACCUCGGUGUCCGAGGACCUUCUGUGCGCGCUCUUUUCGCAAAUCGGCGCCGUGAAGGGAUGCAAGAUCAUCCGGGAGCCCGGCAACGACCCGUAUGCCUUCGUCGAGUUUACGAACCACCAGUGCGCGGCCACGGCACUGGCCGCCAUGAACAAACGCUCGUUCCUCGAGAAGGAGAUGAAGGUUAACUGGGCGACCAGUCCGGGCAAUCAACCGAAACUCGACACCAGCAAUCACCAUCAUAUAUUCGUAGGCGAUCUCUCGCCAGAGAUCGAGACACAAACGCUCAAGGAGGCGUUCGCGCCCUUUGGCGAGAUCAGCAAUUGCAGGAUCGUCCGCGACCCGCAAACGCUCAAGAGUAAGGGCUACGCGUUCGUGUCGUUCGUUAAGAAGUCCGAGGCCGAAGCGGCGAUCAAUGCGAUGAACGGCCAGUGGCUGGGAUCACGCAGCAUCAGGACCAACUGGUCCACUAGGAAACCGCCGCCACCGAGGUCCGAGAGGCCCCGGCAUUCCAACAAUAGUAAACCCAACUACGAGGAGGUAUAUAACCAAAGUAGUCCGACCAAUUGUACCGUAUAUUGUGGAGGUUUUACGAACGGUAUCACGGACGAACUGAUAAAGAAGACGUUUUCCCCUUUCGGUACCAUUCAAGAUGUAAGAGUAUUUAAAGACAAGGGAUACGCUUUUAUCAAAUUCACAACUAAGGAAGCUGCGACGCAUGCCAUCGAAUCGACGCAUAAUACAGAGAUCAACGGCAGCAUCGUUAAAUGUUUUUGGGGAAAAGAAAAUGGCGACCCAAACAGUGUGGGUCCUAAUGCUAAUCAUCAAGCUCAACAGGUGACGGCAGGAGCGGGACAAUACGCGUAUGGUUAUGGUCAACAGAUGAGUUAUUGGUAUCCACAGGGCUAUCCGCAGAUGCAGGGACAAUUCUUGCAACCUGCUCAAUACUACGGUCAAUAUUAUGGGCAACAAGCUCAAUACAUGAACAGCAUGAGGAUGCCCGCUCCAGGUGCGGGAGCCUGGCAACCGACGCAAGCAACUGCGGCACCCCCGACAGCGAGUGCGCCCUUGCCCCCGGGCCAGCAGCCCACUAUGGUAACAUAUACCAUGCCACAUCAGUACCCUACGCAAUGAAACUGAAUCAUUCACCGGCUAAUUGUUACGUACGAUAUAGUUGUCCUGGGGUUAUCGCGAAAAUCGUUUCGACAUAUACCUAUUUCAACAUUUACAUUCGAGUUUUCGGUUAUGUAACACGUAAUUCUACAAUUAGGAUGCGAUUUCACUUGCAGAAUCUGCAGAUAUAUUGGAUAUAAGUAGGGAAAAAAAAAAAAAAAGGAAAUGCAUGCAAUCGGUAUGCUGAAUUUUUUUCUUUCUCUCCUUUCUGUGAUGUACACAAUUGAUUCGUUUUCAACAACUGAAAAAGACGUUAUUUUCUUUUCCACGUUCGUCAUAGACGCGCGUAAUGUUAUAUCGAGGUAAAUAUGUAUAAACAUAAUCUCGAUGCCUUGCAAUGACGCUUGUACGAUGGCACCGCCUGGUCAGAUAGUACCGCUGCGCGUCGUAGUGCUAGAAUUUGAUCAGAUUUCACGAUUUCUACUUGGAUAUAUGCGACGUUGAACCAGGUAUAUUUCCAAACUUUUCCUCGCGACUCAACCCCGAAACUCAACCGAGCCCCGCACCCGUUGUGCUGCGCAAGUGACGUAUGUAUGUACGCGGCAAUUUUUUUGCGUUGUUGAUACCUUUUUAAUAUUUUUGCCACUGACAUCUCGACUCUCACUCCUCCCUCUUUAAUCUCGAAUUGUCGAUGAAUAACGCGCGCGCGCGCAACACAAAUGUUUAUUUGAGAUAAAUAUGGAGAGUAUUGCUAAUAUUGGACACAUAGUUAAUAAGGUAGAAGAGCGAUUAGCUAGACACGGCGCCUGUGAUGUAGCUAGACUUUUGGACGCGUGUAUGCUAAGGCGUGCGGGGCUCCCUAACAAACAAAUUCUGCGAGAGUUGAGUAACGAGUUACAACUUUAUCUCGUUGUGUGAUAUUUAUCGUCGGUGGUUAAUGUAUAAAAUUUUGCUAUGAUUCUCUUCAGAGAAAAAAAAUGGAAGGGAGAAAGAGAAAGAAUGCGUGCGUG